AUGGGCAACUGCUUAGAUUCUUCUGCCAAAGUUGAUGCUAGCCGGAGUUCGCACAAUAUCCAUACUGGAUCAGCAGCCUCAAAAGUUUCCAGUAAAACCAGCGGCCGGUCGUCAGCACCUUCCAGCCUGACCAUUCCAUCUUACAGUGGUAGGAGCAGUGAGUGUCUUCCUACACCCAGGAGCGAAGGUGAAAUACUGUCAUCCCCAAACUUGAAGGCCUUCACAUUCAGUGAGUUGAGGAAUGCCACUAGAAAUUUCCGGCCCGAUAGCUUACUAGGAGAAGGCGGAUUUGGAUAUGUCUUCAAAGGCUGGAUUGAUGAGAACACUAUGACAGCUGCAAAGCCUGGAUCCGGCAUGGUUGUUGCAGUUAAGAAGCUUAAACCUGAAGGUUUCCAGGGCCACAAGGAGUGGCUGACGGAAGUUAAUUAUCUCGGCCAACUUCAUCAUCCAAAUUUGGUUAAGCUCAUUGGAUACUGCCUAGAGGGCGAGAACAGACUUUUAGUGUACGAGUUCAUGCCUAAAGGGAGUCUGGAGAAUCACCUGUUCAGAAGAGGACCGCAGCCACUUCCAUGGGCCGUGAGAAUGAAAGUUGCUAUUGGUGCAGCUAGAGGUCUUUCUUUCCUUCAUGAUGCGAAAUCCCAAGUCAUCUACCGAGAUUUCAAGGCUUCCAAUAUUCUUCUAGAUGCGGAUUUCAACGCCAAGCUGUCCGAUUUUGGGUUGGCGAAGGCAGGUCCUACAGGUGACAGAACUCAUGUCUCCACUCAGGUCAUGGGAACUCAAGGAUACGCAGCACCUGAAUACGUCGCUACAGGACGGCUGACUGCAAAGAGCGACGUGUACAGCUUUGGCGUCGUCCUGCUGGAAUUGCUUUCAGGACGACGUGCUGUGGACAAAUCGAAAGUCGGCGUGGAGCAAGUUCUGGUGGACUGGGCGAAACCUUACUUGAGUGACAAGCGGAAGCUGUUCCGAAUCAUGGACACGAAGCUGGGAGGUCAGUACCCACAGAAAUCGGCGGUAACAGCAGCUCACUUGGCCUUCCAGUGCUUGAGCAACGAGGCGAAACUCAGGCCUCGAAUGUCGGAGGUAUUAGCGACCUUGGAACAAAUAGAUAUUCCGAAGAGCGCAGCCAGGAACUUGGUAUCGGAAUACCAGAGCGGAGGACUUAGCUCUCCGGUACAAAGGUCGCCAUUAAGACCUCAUCAUUCUCCUCUCCACUUGACCGCAAACGCUGCUUCCCCGUUGAAAGGGCAACGGCUUUCCCCAAGGGUGCGUUGA